CUAAACCCUUUUGUUCUCUAGCCACCUACCUAUAAAUACACAACUUUUACAAGCCUAAAAAGCCACCCAAACCAAGCCAAGCUACCAUUUCCAAUCAAACAAAUUAAACCAACAAAACCAACCAUCACCUAUAUCUAUCUAUUACUCAUAUUUGUAGCACCCAUGGGUGAAGAAGUGUUAGAAAACAUGUCCAAAAUACCCAUAUCAUCAUCAUCAACCCACUUCAUCUUAGUCCAUGGUGCUAGCCAUGGAGGUUGGUGUUGGUACAAGGUUCGAACCCUCUUGGAGUCUUCAGGCUACUUGGUCACAUGUCUUGACCUUAAAAGUUCCGGGAUCGAACCUUCCGACGCUAACUCUAUCGCCACCUUCCAAGACUAUAACCAACCUUUGAUUGACCUUUUGGCUUCCCUCCCUAUUCACACUAAGGUGAUAUUGGUAGGGCAUAGUGCUGGGGGGAUUAGCGUGACUGAGGCCAUACACAAGUUCCCAGAAAAGAUAGAAGCUGCUGUUUAUGUUGGAGCCACCAUGCUCAAGUUGGGUUUUCACUCCGAUCAAGAUACAAAAGAUGGAGUACCAGAUUUAUCAGAAUUUGGUCAAGCAUAUGAUCUUGGAUUCGGUUCAGGGAUAGAUCAACCUCCAACAAGUGCCAUUGUCAAAAAAGAUUUACAGCGGAAGAUUUUGUAUCAAAUGAGUGCGCUUGAGGAUUGUGCACUAGCGUCAUUGCUGUUGAGGCCAUGUCCAUUGGUUCUAACAAAAGCAAAAAUCAAAGAAGAAAGGAAAGACUCAGAAAUGGUACGACGAAUUUACAUCAAGACAUUGCAAGACAGGGUGGUGAAACCAGAGCAACAAGAUUCUAUGAUAAAGAGGUGGCCACCAUCCCAAGUUUAUGCAAUUGAUAGUGACCAUAGCCCUUUUUUCUCUAACCCACUUGUGCUCUCUGGCUUGCUUCUUAAAGUUGCUACUACUACUAUUACUACUACUUUUUAGACCUACCAAUAUCAAUCUAACUGACCCAUGAACCCUCUUUACACUUUCAGUAUCAUUCUCACAUGGGUUGUUUUGCUUUGAUAAUUUGAUUAAAGCAAGCUAUUUGAUUUUUGAUUUUUUCGAUUUUCGUGUGAAUAGGUGUAUUUCAAGUAUGUAAGCUAGAAAUUAAUAAUCACGCAUUUGUAAUCUUAUUAUUAUUUGAGAAUUGUAAUUAAUGUCUAAUAAAGUAAUAAGUGUGUGGGCAGGUUGUGAGACCAUAUGAUAUGUCUUUUGUAAAAUAUUGAUUGCUUAAUUUUGAAAUUAAUAAUAAUAAGUUUUUUUUU